AUGAUAUCCUUAAACAGAGAGAGGCAGUUACAGCUUGCGUUGGUGUCGGUGGCGCUAAGCCAUCGUAUCCUCUCUAUCUGCCCAAUCAAUAAGAAUCCUCUGCGUCCUUCUCUUAUGUAUGUGGGGGAGUGUAUUGACGCCGACAGCAGCAGCAGCAGCAGCAACAGCGGCAGCAGCAACAGCAGCAGCAGCAACAGCAGCAGCAGCAAUAGCAGAGAAGUAAGCAGUCAGCAAGGAGGGCAAGGCACCUAUUGGAAGAACUCGCAGGUCCCUGCAGCACUGCAUGUAUCCUCGGACAUCACCACCGCCAGCGGCAGCAACUGCAGCAACAGCAGCAACAGCAACAGCAGCAGCAGCAGCAGUAGUAGCAGCAGCAGCCCCUGCUGCAGCAGCAGCCGGACAGACCCUGUAUCGCAUAUAGUUCUACCUAUCCCCUCUUCUUGUUCGCCCCCGUCAUCGGAUAGCGAGGCGCAGCAGCACGAUCCUGCUGCUGCUGCUGCUGCUGCAGCAGCAGCAGCAGAACUUGACGAACGGUCUCCCUCCUUACGUCUCCUCAAAUCAGCAGAGGAGGCCCUUGAGAGAGCCUGGGGUAGUCUUAUGCUACACGAGCAACAGAUGCAGGAGGACCAGCAGCAGCAGCAACAGGAGCAGCAGCAUAACCUAGAGAAAAGAGGAGAAGAGCAUACGACGCAGCAGUCCCCCGUGGAGCUACAGCAGCCGCAGCAGCCGCAAGAGCAAGAGCAGCGGCAACAGCAGCAGCCAGAGUGGCAGGAGCAGCAGCAACAGCAGCAGCCAGAGCGGCAGGAGCAGCAGCAACAGCAGCAGCCAGAGCGGCAGGAGCAGCAGCAGCGGCAGCAGCCAGCUUCCGUUGAAGCACUGCAGCAGCAAUACUCCGACUCAGCUGCUGCGGGUGCUGCUGCUGCUGCUGAACAGGCAGCGGCAUUGAAGCAGCAGGUGUCUUCAUUGAGGGAGCAGCAGCAGCAACAACAACAGCAGCAGCAUCUGUUGCCCGCAACGUUGCUGCCUUUGGGAUCUCCUCGUGCUGCAGCAGAGGAGGGCAGCAGCAUAAGUAGCAGCGCCUUCCAUACACCCCGUAACAGCAACAGCAGCAGCAGCAGCAGCAACAGCAGACCAGCUAGCUGCAGAAGCAGCGGCACCUGGAGGAGCAGCAGCGGCAGCAUGCUGACAGCACGCAGCACCGUUUCUCCCCAAGAAGACUCGCCAGAUGCAGCAGCAGCAGAAGCAGAAGCAGAAGCAGAAGCAGCAGCAGCAGCAGAAGCAGCCGCAGCAGCAGCUGAUGCUGCUGCAGCAACACCAGCAGAAGCAACAGAAGCUGAACCACAGGCUUCACCAAUAGCAGCAACACAAGCAGCAACGGCAGCAGCAGCAACAGCAGCAGAAGCUGCCGCUGCCUCUGCUGCUGCAGCAGCAGCAGCAGCACAAACACUAUCUUUGCAUAGCAAAGAGAAUUAA